UGACACCAAAGAAUAUUAUUUUGGUUUGAGCGGAUAAUCAUUGCCAUAAUUCAACCAGAAGUCUUCUUCUAUCUUCACUUCCCCCUAACUGUGAAUUCCAACAUCAUGCUUCACUAGUCUAAUCAGAGGAUGGAAGCUGAUGUUUCCAUCCUACUUUAAAUAAACCCAUGUUGAAUCAUUGGAUCUUCUCCUGCUUUUUCUGUUUCACUGCUUCAUGUGUGUUUGCUAAUGUUCUUUUGUUGGGGAAUAAUCUUACUUUGUCUUUUGAGGAUAUAGAAGCUAACUUUGCUCCACCGGUGAAAGGGUCUGGGGAAUGUGGAACACUGUUUCUAGCGGAGCCGUUGGAUGCGUGUGCCCCGUUGACUAAUAAGUUGAUCAAAGAAAGCGAAACACAGCCGUUUGUGUUAAUAGUUAGAGGUGUAUGUAGCUUUGAGGAUAAAGUUCGAAGAGCGCAGGUUGCAGGAUUCAAGGCGGCGAUUAUUUAUAAUAAUGAUGAUAGUGAUCUGGUUGCAAUGGCAGGGACUGGAACGGGUAUAAAGAUACAUGCAGUAUUUGUUUCAAAAUCAUCAGGCUUAAAACUCAGCACGUAUGCGGGUACAAGCGAUAUGGAAGUAUGGAUUAUUCCAAGCUUUGUGAACUCAGCAUGGUCAAUCAUGGCAAUAUCUUUUAUUUCGUUGCUGGCUAUGUCAGCUGUGCUGGCAACCUGUUUCUUUGUGCGUAGGCAUCGGAUAAGACGAGGCCGCCCUCAAGCUCCUCGUGUUCGCGAAUUCCACGGGAUGAGUAGCCGCUUAGUCAAAGCUAUGCCCAGCCUAAUAUUUACCGCUGUUUUAGAAGAUAAUUGCACUUCAGCUACUUGUGCUAUCUGUCUUGAAGAUUAUAAUGUUGGGGAUAAACUUAGAAUUCUUCCAUGCAGACACAAAUUUCAUACGAUUUGCGUGGACGCGUGGCUGACUUCGUGGAGAACAUUUUGCCCCGUUUGCAAGCGCGAUGCAAGGACGGCCAACGGUGAGCCACCAGCCUCAGAACGCACACCGUUACUUUCAUCGAAUCCAGGUUCCAUGGCUUCAUUAUCUUCUGCAUAUUCAUCCUCAUACGCGUCAUCAUCACAAGCAAUACAAAUAGGUCAAAGUCAAACAUCACGUACUAACAUUCAUUCCGUCUCAAGCACUCCUUACAGCCGUCACCAAUCCCCUUCCCCUUAUGUUACUCCUUCAAGAAGCUCAUUAGACGUUAGAAACAUUGCAUCAUCUUCACAUAGAUCCCGGGCCUCUUAUUUGAGAUCAUCAAACUCGUUGGGGUACCCUUCUUUAUCGCCUCUAAAUACACGACACCUGUCAUCAUAUUAUCCCAGUCCAGGAAACGCAUCAUCGAGUUAUAUAUGGUCGUCUAGUCAGCAGCCGCACCCUUUGCGCCAUAGUGAUUCCGUUGCUAGCUUUUCUCCCUAUGCCUCGGCUCAUUCCCUUCCAGAAUGUUAGUGUGUACAUUUGAUUCUACUUUUAGUUGAUAUUGUCGUGUUUGGUUGCUACCAGAAUGAUGGUUUUCAUCGUGUGAGAUUGGUGAGUUGUACGUGUACGUUUGAAAGGGGAUGUUAGUAUGAAAGUGAAUAGUUGAUGCUUCUUGACCUUCAGCACGAUUUGAUAUAUACCUUUAUCGUCAUGUUAGAACAGUUU